ACCUCUUCAAUCCCAGUCCCACACAAAGUUUCUCCUCGAUCCUCAUCUCCUCCCUCUCUCGAGUCAAGAGCAGAGCAGCUACCAAACAAGCUCUCCUUUCGCUUCCGAUCCAUGGAGCUCGACGCCGACAACCUGAGCGCCACCGAGCUCCGCCUCGGCCUGCCUGGGACCAGCAGCAGCAGCAGCGACGACUGGCAGAAGAAGCCGUCGCCCUCCGUCGGGGCCAAGCGCGCUCUGGACGACGGCACCAAGAGCGAGGCCUCGGGGACCAGCCCGGCCGCCAGAGACCUCGACUUCGACCACGACCACGACACCGCCGCGCCUCCCAAGGCGCAAGUGGUCGGGUGGCCGCCGGUGAGGGCGUACAGGAAGAACACCUUCCAGGCGGCGGCGGCGGCCAAGAAGGUCGAGCAGAAGCAGAAGCAGCAGCAGCAGGGAGGCCUGUACGUGAAGGUGAGCAUGGACGGCGCGCCGUACCUCAGGAAGGUGGACCUCCGGAUGUACAAGGGGUACAGGGAGCUCAGGGAGGCUCUGGACGCGCUCUUCACCAACUCCUUCUCCGCGGCGGCAGAGGGCGGCGGCGACCACCACCAGCACGCCAUCGCCUACGAAGACAAGGACGGCGACCUCAUGCUCGCCGGAGACGUGCCCUGGGAUAUGUUCAUCUCUUCGUGCAAGAAGCUCAGGAUAAUGAAGGGCUCUGCCUCUGAGGCCAGGUGAUCGCUGAUCCAUACAUAAACAGAGGCUACAGACACGCCACCUGGGAACGCGGAUCCAAGAGCACACACGGAUCGUACUUGACGAGGAAGGAGGGAGGAGCAGUGUGGCUUGAGCUCUCCAGUGUUGUACAAAGACAUGUUUCUUUCUGAACCCAAAAGGGAGAAAGAUGUAUGAAGCGUGUAUAUAAGAUCUUAGCUAGCAGUUUGUUUUCAUUUGUAUGAGCGAUCGAAGGCUGUAAAAAAUGAAAAAGAAAAAAGAAAAGGGAAUGAGAAAUUGACUAAAGCUGGUCAUUUUUCCUCUCCACAGGCUCAACUCUGUAUGAGAAAAAAAAGACAUUUUUCCGGU